AUGUUUUGAAAACCAGGACAGCCAAAGCCUCUCACUCAUGCUCUCAAUGCAUUCUACAGCAAUACAUGUGCAUACAAUGAUAUACUUCAUGAUGCAUCUAAUGUAACAGAAAGGUAAAGGAUGCCAAAGUCUCUGAAGAAGUCCUGCAGCGCUCAGACCUCCAUCAGCAGAUACUUCGGAGGUCUGAGCAGCAGCACUGUGCCUCAGUGUGGGACUAACAAGAAUCCUGCCGAGCAGCAGCUCUCAAGGGGCAAGAAGAAACUGUCCCCUGGUGAUGGUUUUGGAUUGCCAACAAAACGAGCCAAACUUUCUCUACAAGACCUGCCGGUGGAGGAUUUAGACUGUGAGCCUUCCUCCUUUCAGAGCAAUACAAAGACACCGAUCAUAUCAAGCAAAGGAGCAGCAGGCCUUUGCUCCUCCACUUUGGAGAAGCUGAAAGGCUUCACCUGCUCGACUGAGGCCGGUGAUGGUGCUAGCAGUAAAAUCUGUGACGGAGGAAGCAGUAUCCGGCCUCCUCAGGAUGUUGCUGCACAACACAGCAAUACAAAUAAACUUCAUCAGCCGGGAGAGGAGGAUGAGGAGGAAGGGGAUGUUGAAGAAAAAGGGGGUUCAAGGUUUGCUGCUUCAAAACAGGCGUUCCACUUUUCUCAGUUUGCCAAUUCAGGAGGAGGGGGAGGGGGAGUAAGGUUUGCAGAUCUGAGUCCCCCCUCAGACUCGAACGCCCCCUCAAAGCGCUCAAAGAAAGUGUUCACCCCCCUGGAGCAGCAGGUGAUCCAGCUGAAACAGCAGCACCCGGACGCGUUGUUGGCUGUGGAGUGUGGAUACAAGUACAGGUUCUUUGGAGAGGAUGCAGUGGUGAGAACUGCAUCUGUGUUAUUAUGUGGGUGCAAGGUUUAAGAUAUGCCUGAAUACAUUUUUCUAGAACAUUCGAAACAUUAACUAACAUUAUAAAAAGAAUGUGAAAAAAAGUACAGUGCUGAAGUUAUGUCAAAGACAUCUAAUGUAUCUUUUUGCAGAGAUAUCUACUGCAAUUAGCAUGCUAAUCAGCUAGCCCCAGCCCUUCCUUUCUUGUAAUACCACUUGUUCCUCUAUAGGCAAUAUUGAGUUGCUGUAGUGUCAGUCUCAAACAUAUACAAAUAUCUCACUGUGUGAAAGUCAUGUUUCAUGUGGUAGAUAUUUGUUUCAAUGCAGGUUAUAGGAUAUUUCCAGGUAAUGGUAAUUGUCGGAAUA